AUGAGUAGUUUGUUAGGACUUAAUUAUUAUGACGAUGACGAAGACGAUCAACAAGCCGAAAAUGACAUGGUUACUGCAGAACAGAGUAAUAACAUUUUGGUUAUCAAGUUAAACAUUUCUGUUUCUUUAGGGAAAACGAGCACGGUCACUUACCAAGAUGUUGAUCGUGAAGAAACUGGAGCAAAUAUUAAACGUAAACAACUCAAAGAAUCACCGGUUAAAAAUCUACCGCAAACAAUUUUAAUUUCUCAAAAAACAUUACCACCCUCCCCAACAGUUUUCUCUAAUCUGAUUCGUCGGAGAGGCAACAACAACACAGUAUCACAAAAGCCUCGUUAUGAAGAAUCUACAUCACCAAAAGUAGGCACAUCACCAAACGUUACCGGAAAUACACUGUCACCACAAUCAGAUACAACUAAAUGCCCAGAUAAACAAGAAAAGCACAUAAGACUUAAUUAUUAUGACGAUGACGAAGACGAUCAACAAGCCGAAAAUGACAUGGUUACUGCAGAACAGAGUAAUAACAUUUUGGUUAUCAAGUUAAACAUUUCUGUUUCUUUAGGGAAAACGAGCACGGUCACUUACCAAGAUGUUGAUCGUGAAGAAACUGGAGCAAAUAUUAAACGUAAACAACUCAAAGAAUCACCGGUUAAAAAUCUACCGCAAACAAUUUUAAUUUCUCAAAAAACAUUACCACCCUCCCCAACAGUUUUCUCUAAUCUGAUUCGUCGGAGAGGCAACAACAACACAGUAUCACAAAAGCCUCGUUAUGAAGAAUCUACAUCACCAAAAGUAGGCACAUCACCAAACGUUACCGGAAAUACACUGUCACCACAAUCAGAUACAACUAAAUGCCCAGAUAAACAAGAAAAGCACAUAAGUGAUGAUAAGCCAAUAAUACCAAAUGAACAAAUAUUAGCGGAUGAAUCUGAAGAUGCCAGACAACAUUCUGCUAUGCGACAAUUAUUGACACCAAAACCUAUUGAAGGAAGAGAAAACUGGGGAAUUCCACCAGAACCUGAAUCAGAAUGUGAUCCAAUACUGCAGGAAAAAAUCGAUCAUUUUCAUUCAUUAAGCAAAAAAGGAGUACAUUUCAACGAAAAUCUCUUAAAAAAUAAAGCUUUUCGUAAUCCGCAUAUAUAUAAUAAAUUGGUUGAAUUUGUGGAAUUGGACGAAAUUGGAUCAAAUUUUGAUCGAGAGAUAUUUGAUCCUUAUGGAUUUCCUUCAGAAGCAUUUGCAGAUCAACUCGCUCAAAAGAAAAUUUUGGAGGAACGUGCCGCAGCGCAGCAACAACAAAG